CACAAAGUCACGCACGCGCAGUACAGUGCUGGUAGUGAGUCGUCUCGCGCAGCUCACGCGGGUCAGACGUGUGUUGACCACUCGCCGCAAUGAAGCUGCCGAUCUCGUUGGUAGUGCUAGCAGUGCUCAGCCAUGCUGCAGCGGUCUCCGUGGCCCAGACCUCGGACACCAAGCCCAAGGACCCCAGCCCGACCAGCAAGAGGGAGCUCCAGGAAGGAAACUUUGGAGACCGUAAACCUAAGGAUAUUGCACCUAAAUUCGCUUCCAAUGAGGCAGCUUCGAAAGCCGACUAUGAGAAGCAACUGAAAGAGCUAAUUUCUGAGCAGUCCCCGGAACAACAAGUGUUCGGAGUGCGGUUGCCCCCUAUAAGCAAGAUAUCCGAUGUGCUGAGUGGACAGGGUCCCUCCUUCGAGGCAGCGCUCGCUAAACACCUAUACUCGCCGAUAUCCGUGUACCAUACCAGGCUAGCGUCACCAACAUCAUUCGAGGUGCAGGAACCAGCAGCAUCGCAGGUGGCCUACCCAACAUAUAAAUCCCAGAAGGCAGACACCGAUACCCAGCAGAGACAACCCUCACCACAGACAGCAGACUUUCCCAGCAUCGCUCUGUACUCUGUAAAGCAACCGAGAGUUCGCUUGGAAUCCUACCCUUCUGCAAUGGACCCUGGAUUCCCUCGAGUGCACCCAAAUUUACCCCAAGAACUUUACCAACCUCAGUCAAUUCUCAAGCAACCAAUGUCCUCAAUAUUCCCAAUUUACGAUCAACUGGGACCUAUAAGAUACCAAGGCCAUGUGGUUCCUGCCCAAUAUGUUCACCAAAACAGAAUAUACCAGUUCAUCCCCAUUAAUCCUGCAUAUAACUACGGUGAGGCCGCAGAUAACCGAGAGAAAGGUUUCCCGAAUCAAGAAAACAGUCAAGAAUUGAAAGCAGAAACGACAGAGAGAGCUCAAACACAGAAUGAAAUAUCUACACCUAAACAGGGUUACUACGUUCAUCCAAAUGGUGCUAUUAGUUUUGCGAGUUUCUCUCAAAACUUACCAAUCCACGCGCAGUACGAAACAGUGAUGCAGGCUCCACCAAACAAUGUUCAUUAUGCUCAGCCUGAAGACAUGACUCCAGUCCAGCUUGCACAGUUAGCGGCGCAACAUCGGCCUGCAGCCACUCAGCAACACCAACAUAAAUUAGUUCCAGUGAAACAAGGCAGUUUCCAGUAUCCACAAAUAUUCAAAAAAAUCAUUCAGGAACAACAAAAAUAUGGCCAGCCGGCAUAUCCACCGAUACGUCAGUUUAUAAGCUACAAACAACAUAUCAUUCCAAGUCAGGCAGACGUUGUGAAUGAACUUCCACCGCAAUUACUUUUUCAAAAUUCCCGACCAGUAACUAAAGAUCAAAUUAUUGAAAUACCUGCAUUUAAACCGUUACCUCAGUCAGUCCUUACUGCAGAUUCCUAUUUCCCACAAACAAGCUCACCAUCGCCUAAAGAUUCGGAACCAAGACCGUACAAUUACGAUGAACAAUCCACUCCACAACCUACAAACCACAUUGACCAGCCGAUAGCACCGGUAUUGCCUCAGCGCCAGCACACUCCCUUGCCUCCAUUGAAACCAAACUAUAGCAAGUUUGUUAAACCUUUGAAGCCUGCUCGUACCACGUCAAUAUUCUUACCGACAACCUUGCAACCUGUUCCAACAACCACCGAGAGCGCCCAGUCCCAUACAGACCAACAUGUUUCAUCAACGACCGUACAACCUGCGUUUAAUAAUCAAGAUGAGUCGAAAGAAAACAUCCUGCAGAAAACUAAUUCAGAGUCACAAACACCACAGCCGCUAGGACUCGAAGACAAUCCUGAUUUUCUGCCAGCGUCAGUUUUACCUCUAAUAAGAUCAACAACAUACAAGCCGUCAUUUUUGCAUGAUGAGCACUCUACGCCACAACCUCAACAGCGACAAAUUCAAUCAGCUGGGACACCACCACGACAUGAGGUAGUAAUCCAGAAACAGGAAAUUCAAGAAUUAUUUAUUGAUCCCUCUCCCCAACCUUCCAGCACACCACAGUACCCUCUCCAAGAACAUGAAGAACACCAACUGAAUUCUCAAGUACACCACCAGAUUUUCGAACAGUUGCAACCUCCACAAUUCCAACAAGAACUACAAGAGUUGCAUGCCCAACAGUACCGACACGCACCCCGUCAAUCAGGCUCUCCGCAACAACAGUUCGCGUCACAGCAGAUACAACCUCAACAAUAUGUGAUCUUGCAACAAGCUCACCCUCUCCAGCGUCACCUGGUCAAACCCGAUCAGUUGCAGAAUCAGCAGCCUGCAGAACAGUCUCAACAACAACAGACAAUAGAACAGAUUCAGUCCCAGCCUGAGCAAUACCAACAACAUAACCUAGAACCUAAAAACCAAGGUCAAGUAACCACCACCAACCCUGUUGAAGAAUCGAAACAGUCAUCAACGUCUGCAGACAAUGAACAUCAGCCAGAUUCUCAAGACCAACAACAGGCGAAUCCACAACUGACUACAGGGAAACCUGAAGAGCAGCCAGGGAAAGUAUCACAUUCUGGGAUCUCGUUACAAGCGUACCGGGGACCCGUGAUAUCAGGCAUUCAAGCGCUGUAUUCACCACCCCAUCAGUUCGUGGCGCAGCCGGAGUACGGCAUGGUGGAUGUGCCAGUCUACCCUGACGUGCAAUAUUUCGGCAAGUUUGCAGAAGCAUUAUUUAGGAAUCUUCAACAUUAAUGUCGGAUUAUGAUUAUCUUGACAGGUAGUAUCUUUAUUGUAGGCUUAAAAUUAUUAAAAAGAGGCUCGUUCGUUUACGAAAUACCAAAAAUGAAGAUUUCUAUGUUCUAGAAAUGGUUAAAUACUUUUUGUCAUAAAACGUUGAAGACUUUCGCCUGUAAAUAUGAUAUUAUGUGUAGGCUAUGUACAUAAAAUGUUAGUAUUAAUGUUGUUAGAUGUGGGAGAGCAUGCUCGACUGUGAUGCCAUAGUGUGUUUGUGUGUGUGUCUCGGUACGUAACUGAGACUUGUAUCGCUUUCUUUAUUAAAGUUGCGUAAAAUCUU